GCGGUCAGAAUCGCCGCAGCCUUCGUCCGAAGCGCACGCGAAUUCGCGACGUAUCCGAACUCCCGAGAACGAUUCGAGUGUAUCCGAACUUUAAUACUUUAAAAAAAAUACAAAGUGUUAUUUUUUUGAGUUUUUGUAUCCAACCAGCCAGCCAUGCAGACGUUUAUAAGAACAACGACGCUGGUGCUCAUCGCGAUAGCAGCGACAUGGGCCGCGCCAUCGCCAUCAUUACACCGCGACAACGACCUCACCCUAGACAAGAAGGACCCAUCAACCCAUGAACUGCUCAGCUCACUUGGCAUGAAGAAGCUAAGGAUACCGGUAGCUCAUCAUAGGAAACGUUUGGCUGAGCAAGGGCGAAGACACGCCACAGGGGAUUCCAGGAUGUACGUGAUUAAGCUCCCUCCUAAUACCAACUACUACACCCACGCCGACCCGGCUCCGGCGGCUGCACGAACCUUGCCUUUACAGAUGACGAGUAAUGGGAAACCAGCUCGCGUCUACCAUUGGAACAUCCCCGUACUGCAAAAGCUAGCGAAAACCCGCCCUCAGGCCAGGUUUGACGAUGACGUGGUCGACGUAGAGAGCACACCCACUUGGCCGAAAGGCGCCAACAACCACCCCAACUCGCUGGACGGACUAACCUACUACGUACCAGCGAAGAAGACGUCCUUCAGGAAAUACUUCUCGGGCAACGGCAAACCCAAGUCCUUCUACAUUUUAGACAAGAACAAGAAAUCCGCGGAGUACCAUAGAUUGUUGCCCUAAUUUAUUUGUAACUUAAGUUUCUAAUUGUAAAUAGCAUUUAGUAAGGUCGUUUACUUAUUUAUCAAGAAUUGGCGGCAUAUAAUU